UGUACUUUGGUGAACUACAAAAAGAAUCUUAUAGUUUAAACUUUAAAAUGUCAGCUGCGAGUAACAUAACUGACACGGUGGAAACGUUUACCAAAAUAUUUACGUUCGGUUUCGAAGACUAUGCUGUUUUUAUAUCGAUGUUAGUUGUAUCGGCUGGAAUUGGAGUAUAUUUUGGAUUUUUCUCGGGUAAAAAUGAUACUGCUGAUGAAUAUUUACUUGGUGGCAGAAAUUUAAAAGCUUGGCCAGUUGCUAUUUCUUUGGUAUCGAGUCAAUUAUCAGCUAUAUCAAUUGUGACAAUACCAUCGGAAAUGUAUAGUUUUGGUAUAACAUUUGCAUUUACCAUGAUUGCAAUGUUUGGAGCACUUCCCAUCUUGAUGUACAUUAUAAUUCCAGUGUUUUAUAAUAACAACAUUUCAAAUUGUUAUGAAUACUUGGAACUAAGAUUCAAUAAGACUACCCGUCAAAUUCUGACCCUAUCAUUUGUAUUGACGGGUUAUUUGCUAAUGCCAGUUUUUAUAUUCAUACCAGCUUUAUCAUUUGCCCAAGUUACAGGUGUUAAUAUUCAUCUCAUAAAUGCAAUUGUGUGUUCCAUUUGUGUUUUCUACACAAUGUUGGGUGGAAUCAAGGCAGUCGUGUGGACAGAUGUUGUACAGGCUGUUGUAAUGGUAAUAUCCGUUACAAUUGUUGGUAUCAUGGGGGUUAUCGCAGUGGGAGGACUCGAAAAUGUUAUUGGAAAUGCUAAAAAUGGCGGACGUUUGGAUGUUAAUAUGAACUUUGAUGUCACUACUCGAACAACCCUUUGGAAUGCAUCUGCUGGAGGACUAUGCUUAUGGGUAGGUCAUAUCGGCCUUAGCCAAGUUUGUGUACAGAGAAUUGUAGCCCUACCUUCUCUCGGACAAGCCAAAAAGUCCUUGUUCAUUUUUGCCAUUGGAUUUAUUUUUGUUAUGUUUUUCAAUUGUUUUACUGGGAUAAUUAUGUAUUCGAUGUAUCACGAUUGUGAUCCACUUAAGAUAAAGAUUGUUGACAAACCAGACAAAAUGAUGCCGUUUUUCGUACAAGACGUAGUGGGACAUUUGAAAGGAAUGCCAGGCUUGUUUAUAUCUUGCGUUUUUAGUGCAGCUUUAAGUGCAAUGUCAGCUAGCAUGAAUUCUUUAGCAGGAAUUUUUUAUUUCGAUUAUGUAAAGCCUUUUGUUAAUCAUUCCGAACGAAAAGCCAAUCUAUCCAUGAAAGGUUUCAUUUUGUUUACUGGUUUCUUUUGUGUUGCUGCCGGCUUCUUAGUUGAAAAAUCUGCGUCUCUUCUUCAAACCAUUAUGACAAUUGGUGGAGUAGUUCAAGGUGCUAUGGUUGGUGUUUUUAUGUUGGGAUUUUUAGUGCCUAAAGCUAAUGGAAAAAGUGCAUUAAUUGGACUUCUCUCAAGUAUGCUAGCUAUUCUCGUUCUUGUAACUGGAGCCCAACGAAGAAUGGAAGCUGGAAAACUUGCAUUCCCCCCAUUGCCAAGCAGAGAUGAUGGAUGCGAUCGUUUUAACUACACACUACAUGGAUCAAUUUUCAGAUCAAAUGUGACAAAUGAAAUUGUACAAACAGUUGAACAUGAUGAAGGAUUUUCUAUUUUUGAAAUCUCUUUCCAAUGGUAUACGAUAUUAGGCAUAUUUGUUGUCUGGAUAGUUGCGAUUCCAUUGAGUUAUGUGAUUCCAGAUGAUAAGAAACUAGAUCAUAAUUUACUUUCACCAAUUAUACAAAAAUUUGUAAGAUAUGACAGUGUUAAGACCGACGAUUAUCCAAUGAAGAAACCACAUUUUUAGAAAGUUGA